AAGUGAAACAAUGUGUUCUACAAAAAGCAAGAACGACUGACUGAUUAAUUCACAGGCAGGAGGGUGCUCUAGGAAGAUCAGGUUGCAAUCCUGCCUUUGUAGCUUUACACCACACCCCUUCAGCGUGAGUUGGUAGGGGAGGAUCAUAUUCAGCUCUGAUUCAGGAAUUCUUUCUUUCGCCAAGAACUGUUGCUAGGAGUUUGGAAAGAUGAAAGGAGAGCAGAAGGCAUGUUCCUUACCUUUAACCUUUAUCUUGCUGUUCAUCUGUAUCACUGGGCAUGCAACUACUGACUUAGAUGACACCGAAGAAGAGGAUGUUCUGGGUCUUAUUUUGCCACCACUGAAACUAGGGCAUUCCAUCUGUGCCAUGAAAGCAGAUGAAGGUCCAUGCAAAGCAAUCCACAUGCGUUUUUACUUCAAUAUUCAAAGCCAUGAGUGUGAAAUAUUUGAAUAUGGUGGAUGUCAUGGCAAUGAGAACAACUUUCUAACACUGGAAGAAUGUCAGAAGAAAUGUGUGGUAACAGAAUUGCCUCGGAAGAUGAUGUUAGCAAAAAUUAAGAAAGAAAAGCCCAACUUCUGCUUUCAUGAGAAAGACCCCGGAAUCUGCCGAGGCUAUUUUUCCAGGUAUUUUUAUAACAAAGAGACAGAGUUAUGUGAAGUAUUCAAGUAUGGUGGGUGCCUAGGAAACCAGAACAACUUCAAGAACUUGGAAGAAUGCCAGACUACCUGCCAAGGCAACUCAAACUUAUUGCCAGUUGUUCCAUCUAAAGAUCAUCCCAACACUGUGAAUAGUAGUUCCUCAGUGGAAGAACCCAACCAGUUCCCAGGAAUUUUUGUAAAUUCAUUGCCAACUGCUUCAAAUGAGGAGAAAUCCAACACUCUGAACAGUAGUUCCACAAAAGAGAAGCACAAGCAGUUUCCCAUAUUUUUUGAACCACCACCUAUCCCUUCUUUUUGCAUGACCCCUAUGGACAGAGGACUUUGUAGAGCCAAAGAGUUAAGAUUUUUCUAUAACUAUUCUACUGGAAGAUGUCACCCAUUUAGCUACAGUGGUUGUGGUGGGAAUGAAAAUAAUUUCACCUCCAGAAGGUCAUGUUUGAGGAUCUGUAAGAAAGGAUUCAAUAAAAAAAGAGGUGAAAGAAGAUUAAUAAAAAUCAAGAAGAAAAGAAAGAAACUGUCAGUAAAGGCUCUGGUUACACUGCUGUUUGUGAGAGAUGGUGUAGGAAUAAGUAGCUGAAACAGAUGUAACAUGCUCAGAAACUACAGCAAGAAGAAAGGAGAGCAAUGACGAAGUAAUAAAUGAUCUGU